AUGAAUACAAUUGUUUUGAUGUCAAAUUACCAAUAUCCAGUAAAGCUGAAAAUUUACAUCCCUUGUGACCUAGAAAGUCCUCCUCUAGAGAAACUUGCAGAGCCUGACCAGCUCACCAGAGUCUCAGGUAUCCCGGGGUUCCAGGAAGAGAACCUGCAGGGCCCUUGGGUGAAGCUGCACCUCAGUAAUGGGAACGGAGCACAGCUCCCAGCCUCAAUUUCUGUUUGCACUUAUGAUGUGGAUCAAAUUCUACUGGACGCCCAGCAUGAACCAGAUGAUGUCACCCCCAGUGUCCACUGUGAUGACCCACAAGAUACUAGAGUUUCUGAACUAGACACCCACAGUGUUGGAGGAAAAACAGCCCUCAGCCCGAAGAUUAUAUCAAGAGAAGAAAUUGAAAGCCUUUUGAAGAAAAACUCAGAUUGGACAGUGGAUUGGACAAGUCGGUCUGAAAACAUCCCCCCCACCCCCGCCUCCAAAAAACUGCCUUUAAACAUCUUUAAACACCAAACAAAGCACACAGCCUCUCUCGGCAGGAGGAGCGUGUGUCUUAGGAAGAAAGGGGGCAUUUUCUCAGCAGAAUUUCUAAGCGUUUUCCUUCCAUCUCUGCUGCUCUCACAUCACUGGCCAGUGGCUUGGGGAUCGUAUUGGAAAGCAUCUGGCCACCAGUGUCUUUUGAUGGAGACUUGGACUCUGGCUGUUGCACACGGUGGAGAUUGUCUACUAAAGGCUACACCGAACUCUGCUAUUUAUUCUUUGCGAAGCAGGAACUAG